AUGAAAACAGAUCUUGAGGACAUUGUAAAGAGAAAUUCGCACGUUUCUAAGCGAAUUGCGGAUGAAAAAUUGGAUGGCUACAUCGUAGUGAAUUCAAUUGGCCAAAUUCUUCUCGCGUCUGCCUUUGACGAAGAAACCGCACGAUUAAUUUCAAAGCUCUUUAAAAAUUUUGCCGAAUUAACAAGAAGUUGCAUUCGUGAUUUAGAUCCAGAUGAUGAGCUCAUUUCAUUGCGUUUGCGCGAGGAAAUGUACGAAUAUAUGCUAAUUUAUGCGGAAGAAUAUUUAAUUAUUGGUCGAAAGGACAUUGAGUGAGAGCACCACGAAGGAAACUAAAUAAUACAAAUGAUAUACAAAAAUUAUUUAUUCCUCGUUCAUUGAAGCAAAUCGAAAUGAGA